AGCCUCCAUCCAACCACAACGCCCACGUCCGUCCUUAUAUACGCGCACGCAGCCCGGCCCGGCCGCCGGCGAGGGAGAGGGACUGGCAGGUACUACUAGCAGAUCGAGCGGCGAGCCGUCGACGAUCGAAAUGGUGGUGCCGAGCAGUGGCGCGGGAGGAGGGGUGGAGGGCGGCGGCGGCGGUGUGUCGGCGCCGGCGGGGUCGGGUUCCGGCGGGAGGGUGAAGGGGUCGUGGACGCCGGAGGAGGACGACCUGCUGCGGCGCGCCGUCACGCGGCACGGGCCGAGGAACUGGACCGUCAUCAGCGCCGAGAUCCCCGGCCGGUCCGGCAAGUCGUGCCGCCUGCGGUGGUGCAACCAGCUCAGCCCCGGCGUGGAGCGCCGCGCCUUCACGCCCGAGGAGGACGCCGUGAUCGUGGCCGCGCACGCGCAGUACGGCAACAAGUGGGCCACCAUCGCGCGGAUGCUCCAUGGCCGCACCGACAACUCCGUCAAGAACCACUGGAACUCCACGCUGCGCCGCCAGCGCAGGGCCGCGGCCGCCAACGCUAACGCCAACGCCAACGCCGCCACCGUCGGGUGCGCCCUCCAGCUGCGGCCGCUCGCCGCCGCGGCCGUCACAUCGGCCCCCGUCCCGCUCUGCCAUCUGCUGGAUCUCAAGGAGUCGGCGGCGGCGGCGGCAUCCGUGCCGUUCCAUCGUCUGGACCCCAAGGAGGUCGUGGAGGACGACGAGGACAUGGACGAGGAGGACGACGAGGACGGCAGCAGCGAGGACUCGGUGCUCAUGCCGCCGCCCAAGAAGCGGCCAUGCGCCGGCGACCAGCAUCCAUCUUCUCUGGCCGUGAAGCCCGAACACGCGAAGCCGCCCCCGCCCCUGCCCGCGCCCGCGCCCGCGCCGGCCGAGCCGCUCACGUCGCUCACCCUCAGCCUGCCGGGCAACGGCGUCGGGGUCCACGACGAGACACCCGCACCGCAUAGCCCGGCGGCGGCGGCGAGCGUGGAGGCUGCCGUGAGCAUGAGGGCGAAGCUGGAGCAGGACCCGUGGUUCGUGCCCGUGAUGCGGCAGAUGAUCUGCGAGGAGGUCCAGCGGCAGAUGCAGGGGAUGGACGUGUCCUGCAGCUCGCUGGUCGCGGUGCCGGCGGCGGGCAGGAGCAGCGCCGGCGGGGGGGCCGACAACGGCGGCGGCGCCAACGACCAUGACUGAUCGAUCGACCCGUAACCGUGACGGAAUGGCGGGCGGCGAUCGACUGACGACCAAGUUUCACCAUCAUCUAACUUCUUUUUUUUGUUGGUUCGUUUCGUUAAUCCCGUGAACAUAUCACAUCAUCCAUUGGUAGGGUUCUAGCUUGUUUAUCAGUUUACUUUUACUCUAGCUAGCAGCAGUAAUCCAAGAAGUUGCAGACUGUAAUCAGCAGAUUAAAGCUUCUGAUUUCUUUCCUUGGGAAUUACUGUAUAUUACUCGUUCGUCGUGUU